CCCCUCGGAGAGCCGGUGUGGCGCGCACGGCGGGAGGGUUUUGGGUCGAAGAGGCUGCCGUAGAAGGGAGUGGCGACGCAGCCGCGAUCUGGAGGACGCAGCUCACGUGCCGGCAGUUGCGGAUCCUCUUCCUAGACCUGCCAUGGCUCAGGCCGGGACCCUGAACCUCAAUAACGAGGUUGUGAAGAUGAGAAAAGAAGUGAAGAGAAUCCGAGUUUUGGUGAUCCGAAAACUUGUCAGGAGUGUUGGCAGACUGAAGUCCAAAAAGGGGACUGAAGAUGCACUGUUAAAAAACCAAAGACGAGCACAAAGAUUGCUUGAAGAAAUCCAUGCCAUGAAGGAAUUAAAACCUGAUACAGUAACUAAAUCUGCUCUUAGUGAUGAUAUCAGCUUUGAAAAAAUCUGCAAAAAGCCUGAUUCUACUGCGACUGAAAGAGCAAUUGCCAGACUAGCAAUGCACCCUCUUCUGAAGAAAAAAAUAGAUGUGCUAAAAGCUGCUGUCAAAGCCUUUAAAGAUGCAAGACAAAAUAUUGCUGAAGUUAAGUCAUCAAAGAAUGUUUCAGAAGAAAAUCAUUCCAAGGACACUUUGUGUUCAAGUGAUGAUGCCAGUAAGUUACAGCAUAAAGGAACUAUUAUCAGUGAGCAAAAAGAGAAAGAAGCCAAAAUAUUGGCAAAGAAACCAAUAAAUAAUUCAAAAGAAAAAAUAGUCAAGAUGAAACAUGAACCCAAAGUAGUGGAUAUUCCAAAUUCCCCAUCAAAACCUUCUGAAAAGGAUUCUGUCGUUCCCUCUGAACCCCAGAAGACAUCUACUGACCCCAAAAUGAACACGUUAAGUCAAACCGAAAAAAAGAAAGAGUUUGAUAGCUCACUUGGUAGUGACAGUGAUGGAGAAGAUUUACAUGAAGAAGAGAAAGAGGAUUUUGAUGAUAGCACAGAAGAAAGGUUUUACAAACAAUCUUCCAUGUCUGAGGAUAGUGAUAGUGGUGACGACUUCUUCAUUGGGAAAGUCAGACGGACAAGAAAGAAGGAAAGUGGUUGUCAUUCUUCAGUUAAGGAACAAAAAAAACCCCAAAAAUUGUUACCUGAAGAAGAUAUACUUGAAACUCAUCAAGAUAUAAGAAAUGACAAAAACAAGCCAAGUACAGAAGCCAGAAAGUUUGAAUCAGUGUUUUUCCAUUCUUUAUCUGGAUCUAAAAGCUCUAGAAGGAAUUAUAGAGAACAGGCUCCGAAAAUCAAAACCCCAGGUUUUCAGCAACAUGAGCCUCAGAUCAAGAAUCAGUUUAAUAAGAGUACACAAAGAGGACUUCAAAAUACAAAACAACAGUCACAGCUGCCUCUUCAUCCUUCAUGGGAAGCAAGCAGGAGGCGGAAAGAACAGCAAUCUAAAAUUGCUGUGUUUCAGGGGAAAAAAAUUACAUUUGAUGAUUGAUUAGUACCAUUUUUGUGAACUUUUCCAUCUAAAAAUUAUUUUCUUUAUUUUUUUUUAACCAGCUCAUUAUUUAAACUUGUAUUUGAAUAAGUCUCUUUGGAAGGGUCAUAGAAACAAGUUUGUUUUCGUCUUUAUUUUGCUUUUUAAGUGUGUUCAAGUUAUGCUUGUAUAAGCCUUCCAUAAAUCAAAUACAUUCUUAAAUUGAUUUUUAAUAAUAUGGCCAGGCUAUUCUCUUUAUCUCUAAAAGAAUUUUGGAAUUACAGCUAUCUCAGAUUUUCUUAUUUGUGCUUAUCAUGAAGUGUGUUUCACUGGUUUAUGUCUAUAUUUCUUUGCCUUGAAAAUAAAUGCCAAGGUAUAUUUAAAAUAAUAAUGGAAAAAUAUGAGGAAAUAAUAGCUGUUUAAAAUAGAUCAUAUUUGCUGUCAUUCUUGUUAGCAAAACAAAAAUUCUAACUUUUAUUAUGGGUAUACAAGUAGUAAAUUAUACAAAUAAAUAUUAAUUUUUAUUAUAGUUUUAAUUAUUUGUGAUCUUGUACUUUUUGACUGUUUUAGUUUCCCAGGACAGUUUUGGAUUUCUGAAAUAUACUUCAGUUAUUUAGACAACAUACUGUUUUAAAUAUAGCAACACAACCAAAAA